AUGCAGUCCAACAAUAGCGUACGGAGACCAGCCCGGCAUUUGAAGGAGAAAUAUCGGCGGGAGAAAAUGAAACGCCUUUAUCGUCGCCUCGCCUCUCUCGUCUCUGCCGAAAACUCCCUGAAAACAUCGCCGGCGUUCGACUUGUUGGAUCAAGCCACUAAGUACAUCAAACAACUAGAGAACAACGUUAAUGAGCUGAAAGCAAGAAAGGAUUUUCUACAACUACCAAUUGAAAUCGACGUGAAUGAAAGUGAGACAGGUGAAACUUUGGAGAUAAAUAUAGUGUGUGGGCCGGAGAACAAGAAGCCGAAGAUGCAUAAAAUCUUUCAGAUUCUCAAAGAAGAAGGCGCUGAAGUUGUUAGUGCAACUAACUUCACUGUGGAUCUCAAGAUGUACCAUACCAUUCUUUGCAAGGCAUUUACACCCAGACUUGGAAUGGAUACCAUUAGAGUGAAAGAACGCUUAAACGACUUUAUUUCUAACAAAUGA